AGAAAACUGGAAUGAAUGAUCCACAAAUACGAAGCUUGCCUCAUAUCUUUCCCCAGUCAGAACUCGCUGUCUUUGAAUGGAUGUCCAGGACUGAACUGUAUGAGGAUGUUGGGGCGAUCAUCAUGCACAUCUUUCUUGCCUCGAUUGGAACAAGUCGCCAUACCUCUGUCUCCUCUAGACCACGUGAUCAGGUCACGUUUCCUUGUUGUUGGGACAUGCCGGAAGGUUCAGUUCCGGAAACUUCACUUCCAGCAUCCGCUCCCAUGGCGGCGGCCAAGGACUAGACAAAGUUACAUUAUUUGGUGUUGGUCAGGAACUAGAUACAAAACCAAGAUGGUUGAAGGGUGCGGAAAUAAUUGUAUCAAGUACAUCCUCUUUUUCGUCAACUUCCUGUUCUUUGUCAUGGGCGGCGUGGGUAUAGGUCUCGGUAUCUACGCCCUCGUCGACAGGAACAACAUGGCCGCCCUGACGAAGAUCGACUCCUCGGGCAAGUUCAAAGAUUUCAACGGCGUAGGACUUCUGCAAGAGGGCGCCAUCGCUCUCAUCGUUGGUGGAGUCUUUCUUUUCAUCAUCGGCUUCGCAGGUUGCUGCGGUGCAGUGAAGGAAAUUAAAUGUCUUUUGGGAGUGUACAUCGCCAUUGUCCUGCUCAUCGUCAUCGCUGAAAUCGUUGCUGCAUCCUUGGCCAUCGCUUUCAAAGGCAAGGUAGAAGUUGAGCUGAAACAGGCACUGAAAGAUGGUAUUAGACAAUACUAUGAUGGUCAGUUAAAUUCUUCCAACGCCUUUUCACGUGCCUUCGAUUUUGCACAGGUUGAGUUUGAUUGCUGCGGGGUGGACAACUACACCGACUUCUACAUCUCUGCUUGGCGCAACAAGACAGACCACAACAUUCUUGUCCCGUUCACAUGCUGUGAACUGAAGGAUAAAAAUGCUUUUCUGGACGGCAACAAACCUGAGCUGAAAAAUGAAAAGUGUCCUGUAACUCACCCUUCCAAGAGCAAUCCCAACACCGACACGCCCUGUUUUCCUGCCAUCAAAGACUGGGUGAUGAGGCAUGCGAACAUCAUCAUCGGUAUUGGCUUUGGCAUCGUAGCCAUCGAGAUAAUUGCCAUCGUAUUCGCCUGCUGUUUGUACCGCAACAUAUACUAAACUGUUGCUCUUACCGCGGCUCCAAGGCGAGACUGUGUCCGGGUGGGAUUCUUGACGGGUGGAACUGAACGCCAGGCGGGUGUAGGGACCUGGAGUGUUUGGACAUGAUAGAAUUUACACCUUAAUGAGUGUGAUGAAGCUCUCAAGUACUCAUCUAGACAUUUACGCGUUCCUUUGUUCCAACACAAACUUCAACUGUUUCCUGCAGGCUUUGCACGCACACACACACACACGCACACUAGUGUUGGUUGCCACCAAGUUAACUAUAAAUUAUAAGUCAUGUUUAACAUGAAUGCUACUAAAAGAGUUUAACAUGAACUCCACUAAAGAAGCAAAUAAUAUCACUUAUUGCAAUUUUUAAAAAUUACUUAGAAAUAAACAGUUUCUUUCUUGGAAUGAACAGCCAAAGCUAGAGGACAUGAAACUGUUAAUAAACGUGUACAUGAAAUAAAUGCAAUCACUAAAUGUUAAAUGAAGCUUUACCUGCUGUACAUUGUAGACCUACAUUUUGCUAAACUCUUUGACUGUGUGUUGUGCGAUAACUGUUUCAAUGUUUUUUUCCUCAAUAUCUGUUCAUUCAUUUAGCCAGUUCUGACUGUGAUGUACAUCUCUGCAUGAAAAGUUCAUCUGUCUUUUGUGUAAAUGAACCUCAGUCUUUUUGGCUUAAUGGUGCGUAUCGUGCUUUAGGUCUGAUGGGAAGCAAUAAUUAUCGAACGACCAUCAAAGUUUAUUAGCAAAAGUAAUACUCUGCCUUGUGACAGUGUCCCUAACGUGUGUGCAGCGACAUGGGGAGGGAAGGAGGAUCGAGAGAAUGGUAGAAUCGAGAAGCGCCAGUAUGAAUAAUGGUAAGAGUGGCAGCCACAGGGCAUCUCCGUGAAAAGUUAAAAAUUUAAAUGGCUUACAAUUAAAAAGCUUGUCGAUUUGUGUGGUUAAAAAUUCAUAGUAUCUCAACCAACCAAUAAAACGUUUAAAGCUAUAAAAA